AGUGAAUAAAAGCCACCUCCACACCAUCGAGUGGCAUCAGUUGCAAGCAGCGAGCUACCAAGACUAACCACCGAGGAAUAAGCCACCCACAAGAUGAUGAAACUGGUAGUGUCGCUACUCUCCAUUUGCGCCUUGGCGGCAGCUCGUCCUGGUUUCCUGCAUGGCCACCACCAUCACUAUCCGGAGAUCCCCUACUAUCCACACCACCACCAUGUGGAACCACUGCACUACCAUCUGCCGGCCGCCGUCUCCCACCAGAGCUCCACGGUGGUGCACAGUGUGCCCCACCACAUAAUCAAGCCGGUCCUGCUGCCCACUGUAGUGAAGACAGUGGUGCAUCCGCCCAUCAUCAAGGCUUACCAUCCUGCGCCCAUCAUCAAGGCCUACCACCCCUACGAUCCCUUCCAUCUGCAUCACCAUCACGACUUCCACGACUACCAUCUGCACUAAACGACGAUCCUGGCGAUUGACUGAUGAUUGAUAACGAUAACUGCUUAACGAUAACGACGACGGGGAGAAUGCAACCUUAGUAUGCUGUGUAUGUUUGCGUGUGUCGAUUGUUCAUGUGUAAGGACCAACUGCAGGUUUCGCUGUAAGCUGCUGAAUAUUCUAUUCCAUCUAUCUGUAAUGCUGUACAUAAAAGAUACAACACCUAAAAA